AAAUGUUCAUCACCUCCUUCCUGUGUCAGUUCUUUUCGAGAGGGAAGAGAAAACUAAAGAGAAUCAGAUCUACUUAAAAUCCCCAAAUUCAAUUUCAAAUUUCCGAACCCUAGAUUUUUCAAUUGGGUCCGUACAUCUCCAAUCCGCCACCGGGAUCGAAACCCCUCGAAUUGGAUGGGCGAUUUCAACCUCGCUCUCGUGAUCGUCGCGAUCGUCGUCUGCGUCAUCGUCUUCAUCUCAAGCAUCUACCUCCUCGUCAACUACCAGCACCCGGACGAUGCGAACCAGGCGUAUUUCCCCAAGUUCGUCGUCGUCUUCGGCCUCUCCAUCGCCAUGAUAUCGAUUCUCAUGUUGCCUGCCGACGUGGCGAAUCGGCACGCUUGUCGUCACGCGAUUUACAACGGCGCUUGUAACCUCACGUUGCCUAUGAAGGAUCUCUGGCUUGCGGUUUACAUCGUUGACGCUAUCCUCGUCUUCUUUGUUAUCCCCUUUGCUAUGUUUUUCUAUGAAGGGGACCAGGAAAAGACUAUGGGGAAAAGGAUUAAAAGUGCCUUACUUUGGGUUGUAAGCACGGCUGUUGUCUGUGCUCUGGUGCUCGGUAUCUUAUACGGUGUCAUUGGAAAGGUGGACUUCACUGUCAGGCACUUGGCUUCUGGCACGACCUCUUUCCCUACUUCCUGGCAGUUUUCAAAUAAUCAGCCAUGUAUCGGUAACACUGCUCGUCAGUGCUCAGCAUUUACAGCUAGUGUCGCAUCUGAGAAAACGUGGAGCAUGCGUACUACCUUUCCAGAAUACGUUGUUGCUCUUGCUACCAUUGUUGGUUCAGUUCUUUUCACGAUAUUUGGUGGCGUUGGUAUUGCCUGCCUGCCAUUAGGACUUAUCACUGCAUUCAUCCGGCGACCAAAGGCUGUUAUCACUCGAUCACAAUAUAUAAAGGAAGCAACUGAGCUAGGGAAAAAGGCUCGAGAACUAAAGAAAGCAGCUGAUGGACUUCGUCAGGAAGAAAAAAAUGGUGCUAAGGGCAGGGCAUGGAGGAAAAAUGUUAAAGCAGUUGAAAAGGAGUUACUCCAAUUGGAGGAAGAUGUGAACCUCUUAGAAGAAGCGUAUCCGCAAGGAGAGAAGGCAGAAACUGCUUGGGCUUUCACUGUACUCGGAUACUUGGCCAAGUUUAUUCUUGGAAUCAUAGGAUUGAUCGUUUCUGUUGCUUGGAUUGCGCAUAUUAUUAUAUAUCUGCUUGUCGACCCUCCUCUUUCCCCUUUUCUUAACGAGGUUUUUAUUAAGCUUGAUGACGUCUGGGGUCUUCUUGGAACUGCUGCCUUUGCUUUCUUCUGUUUCUACCUUCUACUCGCUGUUAUCGCUGGGGCAAUGAUGCUGGGUUUGAAGCUUGUCUUCAUUACCAUUCAUCCGAUGAAAUGGGGAGCUACUUUAAUGAACUCUUUCCUCUUCAAUGUUGGGCUCAUUCUUCUUUGUUCCAUCAGUGUGAUUCAGUUCUGUGCCACUGCAUUUGGAUACUACGCUCAAGCCACUGCUGCUCAGGAGAUCUUUGGCCACACAUUGCAGUCACUUCGAGGAAUCAAGUAUCUCUACAAGUACAACGUGUUCCAAAUCGGGUUUGUUAUCCUGGCUGGAUUGACCUUCCUAUAUUACAUUGCCUUCGGAUGGAGAAGAAAGAAACCUAGCGCCCGUUUCCAGCUCUCUUCUUAAUGUGAAAGUAUUUCCCUUUCGUUGGGGAUCUGAUUGAGUGCUGUCCACACAAAGUGUCUGAUUUGUUUCCGGAUCAUACCGGAAGUACCUGGAGACUCUGCUUGUGCUUAUGAGUUUUUUUUUUUUAAUAUUGUUUCUCAUUUUUUUUUGUUAUGUAUUUACUGUUUGGUUGAGCAACUGUUAGCUGUCCUGUCUUGUCUUGUCUUGGUUUAUUGUAUUGUACUGUCUUCUGAUGCCAGAUUAUGUAGUGAGAAGCCUUACAUCUCACAAGACAUUGCCUUA